GACAUUACCUGUUAUUUAGCAAUUGAUAGGAGUUUCUGUCUGUAUUAGUUGAGUUGACGUUUCACGGUGACCGUCGAAACAAAAGUUACCGCAAAUUGGAGUAUCAAAGUGACCAAAGUUAAAAAAAAAGAAAUAUUUAAUAAUGUCUGGAUUUGAUCAGAAUCCUUUUGCAGAACCGGCUGUUUUCAAUCCGUUUGCGGAUCCAUCUGUCCAGCAAGCUGCAGGAAACAAUGCUGCAAGAGCUCAGCAAGGUCUUGAAGAAUACAACCCUUUUGAUGGUAGUAAUCAAACUACCAGAGUUUCAAUGGAACGUGUUGGUGGAGCCAAUCCACCCCCAACAAUUCAAGCUGCCCCAGUGAUAUCUCCAGGACCACAACAACAAGCAGCUAUGUCUAAUGCGGAUUUUCAAAGACGUCAAGAAGAACUAGAGAAGAAAGCUCAAGAAUUGCAGAGGCGAGAAGAAGAAUUAAAGAAUAAUGUACCAUUCAACUCUCAGCGCAAUAAUUGGCCACCACUGCCUGACAAGUUUUGUGUCCAACCAUGCUUCUAUCAAGACAUCAAUGUGGAAAUCCCACUUGAAUUUCAAAAAAUUGUCCGCAUGUUAUACUAUAUUUGGAUGCUGCAUACCCUCAUGUAUCUUCUAAAUGUUUUGGGCUGCUUAGCCUUAUUCAUUCAAGUGGGAAGUGGUGCCAUGUUUGGCUUGUCAAUCCUAUACUGCAUCCUUUUCACACCAGCUUCUUAUCUUUGCUGGUUUCGACCUGUCUACAAGGCAUUCAGAUCGGACAGCUCAUUCAAUUUCAUGGUUUUUUUCGUCAUCUACUUUGGCCAACUAAUAGCAACCGUCAUCCAAGCUAUUGGCAUACCUAAUUUGGGAACAUGCGGAUUCAUUACUGGAUUAUCUACAAUUGGUGGGCGGACUAGUGGGGGAGAUCUUGCUGUUGGAAUUUUAGUCUUGCUUAUCGGGUUGGGAUUUGGAGUUGUCGCUUUGGGAGAUUUUCUUCUCCUCGUCAGAGUCAGCCGUUUGUACCGCAGCACGGGAGCUUCUUUCUCUAAAGCCCAGGCGGAGUUCACUUCUGGAGUGAUGCGUAAUGAGCACGUCCGUGGAGCCGCUGCUGACGUUGUCGGCUCAGCUGUUCGAGCCCAAAUGAGUAACCCAUCUGGUGGUACAGGACCUCGCUUCUAAGCGAUUUCUAUCACUUUUUUUUUUUCGAACGAUAAUUCCACCCUUUAAUCAUCGGGCUUUUCUCAAAUCAUCUUCUAGUUUAAACAUUUACAUGUAUUACGAGGGGGGAAAAGAAUCUUCAGAACACAACGUGUGAAUCUCGUUAUUCAAAGCUAAUCGUUCUCUUGAUUUAUACAUCUAUAUCAAUCAUUUGCGAUGCAAACCCUUUGCUGUUUUUUUUAUUUUUUAAUCUUUGUAACGUUUGUUGUCUUUUCUUUUUCUUCUUGUUCGUCUUUUCUCAGUCAGGUUGAUUACGUGAAAGAAGCACUGUUUAUCAUACCGUAUUUUAAUAGGGCAUCUUGGAUCAAGCUCGGAUUUUUUUAAAAUUAUUAUUAAUCGAAGUGAAGGGGCGAUUGAAACGAGUUGUUCCUAAAUCAUCUAAAUUCGAAAAUUCGGGAGAAAUUCUGAGACGCUGUUACGUUAAGGUUCUGAACUGGACAAACAGGAAAAAGUAUUGCUAAUAACUCUGUGAGAUCGUAAGAAAAACAAAUCCACGCUGUAGUUUAACGCCGCUGCAGAACAUUUCAAUGACUUUAGCCUGCCCGUUAAUAAUUUCACCUUUACCUUUCUUCACUGUGGUGUGUUAUACUCGCCUCCUGCGGUGACAAUUGCAUUUGCUCUUUUAGAGUUGAUAAUAGUCACCCUCAUACUUACUAGCAUUACUACUACCCAUCCACUUGUGGAUUUAUGUAUGUUAUGUUGAGGAAAUACAUGACAGUCCCCUAUG